CCUCACCACCUGACCCAUGAUCCUGCAGAAACGCCCCAAAGAGCAGCUCUGUUCGGAGGAGAGGCGAGGAGGACGUGGAGACCCUGGUUCUCCUCAUCGGAGAAGACUGUGGCAAGGAGCACCAGAGGGAAGGAACUGCUUGGACGCCCGGGCAGUCAGCCCGUGGAAAGGUAGGGAUGGGACCAGAGAUGCUCGCGUCUCCCUGGAGCUCCCAGCCUUUCCCUGCUCCCAUUCUCAUCCACCCUCAGGGUGCCUGGAUCCCCUCCAUCCUCCACAGUGACCCCCAUCCCAUCAUUAGUGGGUAACACCUCCCCAGCCCUCCUGUCACCCCCCUGUCCCCAGCCCUUCUGAGCCACCUCACUGGACCCCUCAUCCUGACACAUCCCAUUAACUCCCCAUCUGCUCUGACCACAGCCAGGAAUCACAUCCCACCUCCUGCCAUGGAGCUGAACCAGACAUUCCCAUCCCCAUCACCCGUGCUGGAGACUGAUGGAGAGAACCCAUGCAGGAUAGACAUCACCGAUGUGGCUAUGGACACUGUCACGCUGCUCAUCUGCCUCUGUGGGCUGGUGGGGAAUGGGGCUGUGCUCUGGCUCCUUGGCUUCUGCAUCAGCAGGAACCCAAUCACCACCUACAUCCUCAACCUGGCUGUGGCCGACUUCACCUUCCUCCUCUUCAUGGUCACCUCAGUCCUUCUCUACAUGAUGGAGAACAUCUUCUGCUCCACUGUGGUGGCUCUGGUGUACCAGAGGCCACUUUUCCUGCUCUCGCUGUUGUCCUACAACAUGGGCCUGUAUCUCCUGAUGGCCAUCAGCAUCGAGAGGUGCUCGUCCAUCCUCUGUCCGCUCUGGUACCGCUGCCACCGCCCUCAGCGCUUGUCAGCCCUGGUGUGUGUCCUGCUCUGGGCCCUCUCCAUCACUGUCAUUGCUGCAGUGACAUCUCUGUGCCUCUUGCAUGAGGAUGAUCACUGCCGCGUGGCUCUCAUCUCCAUGUACGUCCUCAACUUCCUCAUCUUUGCCCCACCCAUGGUCGCUUCCAAUGUGAUCCUCUUCAUCAAGGUCCAGUGUGGCUCCCAGCAGCGCCAACCCAAGCGGCUCUACAUCGUUAUCUUCCUCACCGUCCUCUUCUUUCUCAUCUUCGGGGUUCCCCUCAGCGUCUGGAACUUCCUGCUGCAGUUUGGCUUCGCGGCUGUGCCUUCCCAGGCUGUUUUCCUGCUCGCCUGCAUCAACAGCAGCAUCAACCCCUUCAUCUACUUCCUGGUGGGGAGCUGCCGGAGGCGCUGCUCCGUGGUGCCCCUGCAGGUCGCCUUCCGGAGGGUCUUCGAGGAGGCGGGGAUCACCACGAUCUCCCCUUAAGAGCCACUGUGCUUGUGCCGGCUGUGUUGAGA